AAAACCCAACCAGCUUCCUUUCCCCAGGUAGUCAUCCGGCGCCUUCCACCCAGCCUCACCAAGGAGCAGCUGGAAGAGCAACUACACCCACUGCCUGCACAUGAUUACUUUGAAUUCUUUACUGGGGACCUCAGUCUUUAUCCUCAUCUCUACUCAAGAGCAUACAUUAAUUUUAGAAAUCCUGAUGACAUUCUUCUUUUCAGAGAUCGGUUUGAUGGCUAUAUCUUCAUUGACAACAAAGGGCUAGAAUACCCUGCAGUGGUAGAGUUCGCUCCAUUCCAGAAGAUAGCCAAAAAGAAGCUGAAGAAAAAAGAUGCCAAAACCGGAAGCAUUGAUGAUGAUCCAGAAUAUAAGAAGUUUUUAGAAACUUACUGUGUGGAGGAAGAAAAAACUAGUGCCAAUCCCGAAACUCUUCUGGGAGACAUAGAGGCAAAGACAAGAGAACUUAUUGCUAGAAGAACCACACCUCUUUUGGAAUACAUUAAAAACAGAAAAUUAGAAAAGCAGAGGAUUCGAGAAGAGAAGCGAGAAGAGCGACGGCGAAGGGAGUUGGAAAAGAAACGCAUACGUGAAGAAGAAAAAAGAAAGAAAAGAGAAGAAGAAAAAUGUAAGAGAAAAGAAACAGAUAAGCAAAAGAAAGCUGCUGAGAAAGAAGUAAGGAUUAAGCUUCUUAAGAAACCAGAAAAGGGAGAGGAAGCAGCCACUGAGAAACCAAAAGAACCUGGAGAGGACAUUGAAAGUGGAGAGGGACAGUGGGAAGCCAGUCCUGGCUGCGCCGUGGGGAAGGCCAAGCCCCGGGAGAGCCCGCUGGAGGAGCGCAGGGAAAAGUCACAAAAUGACAGUGAUAAAGAGCAAAAGGAUAUGGAGAGAAAAUUUCGAGAAAAAGAACUUGAAACACAAAGAUACCACUUGGAUGAUAGCAGAAAGCUUAGAGCUCACUAUGAGUUUGACAAGUUUUCAAGAAGAAAUGAAGAAGAGAUGAAACCGGGCAAAGGAUUCACCCCAGACAGAGGGAAGACGGGGAGCCAGGACCGUGGAGUCCCGGUGGAAGCAGCAGAGAGACCGGGGAGAGAACAGAAGAGUGAGGACAGCCCGGCCCCCAGAAAGGAGAGAGUGCGAAACAAGGACCGGCCGGCCUUGCCACUGUACCAGCCAGGAGCUCGCAUGAGAGCACGCGAAUGUGGUGGAAGAUUCUCCGAGGAGGGCCGAGAUGGGAGGAGGGCCGAGGCAGAAGAUUCAGCAGGGGCUGGUUCCAAGAAGAGCAAAGAGGCAGAAUGAGUCAGCGGGCAUGCCAAGUUGUGACAAGGGUGAGCUCGUAUUCCAAAUUGCAUGGAUUAGAAAUGUAUACAAGGGUCUGGAAUAUAACCCGCAAGGUGAAUCUACUCCUUACAAAGAAUCCAGAAACUGGUGGCAUAGAAACAAUCUUUUAAAAAAUUGAACAGAGUUUUCUUUGAUUUUACCACUUCUAGUACGAACUUCUGUGUAUCAUUUAGCCACAAGAGAGAAAACAAUCUCUUUGGGAAAGUAGAAGAGUAUGACCAAAACAGCAUGAAUUCUGAAGCACUUUAAACAUGUAGGAAUAGCUUACACUUUGUAUUUUAUACAUUUGUAAGCAAACAAUCUGUUGGGAUUUAUAUCUCAUUAUGCUUCUUGUGAGCCCUUGUUUCUGGGACGUGAGCAGCUCUCAUUCCAAUAUAAUCCUGGUAAUUCAGCCACGUAUGCGCCUUCUGUCCUAAGAUUCCAGGAAGUCUGUUGUACUGUAGUCCCGUGGAUAGGAACUGUAGUCCCGUGGAUAGGAACCUAACACUGUGAAGACCCACAGCUUUCAUUAUGGCCCUUUUAACAAUCUGGCCACUGACUUGGUCAAAAUAGUUUGACAUUCUGUUGAUGGAUGUACUUGUGGUUUAUAACCAUUAUAGUUUAAGAAUUGCUAACAAAUGGCGUUAUUUUGGGACAUGGAUAAUUUAGGUACAGCAUUUAGGUUUUUUCUUUUUGCAGCCUGAGGUAAUUUUAAAGUGAUUUUAUGUAGCUUUCUGCAAGUAUGCAUUCUAUAAUAUUUUUUCCUUUUAGUGAAGUUUUAAAAUGUCUGGGUAUUUUUGGUGCUGUGUUUUGAACCUAAGUAAAAAUUUUAGUAGCUAUAGAUUUGAAGUCCAGUUAUUGUACUUUUCCUACAUAGAAUUUUACACAAUAUAAUUUUGCUUUUUAAAAUGUACUUUAACUAUAUGACUAUUUUGUUGUUAUAUUUAUUCCUUAUUAAAUAGGAAAUGUUUGUCAAAAAACUAAGAAUGACUCAUCAUUAAAAACAUCCAGUUGUUGGACACA